AUGUCCGCCGACUUGGUCAACCCUAUUGAUGUGAUAAAAGAUAUGACGUUGGUGCACGAGCAGUCCGAAACGCACCCACACGAGUGUGAAGAGAAUCUCACUCCCGAGUCGAUCAAGGAUAUGGUACCUAAUCGUAUGCAAAACAAGUCCCCUGAUUCCCUAGAUGGAAUUACUGUUGGGAAUUGGGAGGUGUAUCGACCGCCCGACCAUCUGGGAGACCAAGAAGCAGCCUUCACCGGCAAGGAGAACAAGAGUGCACGUCAUACCAACACGCAGGUGGAACGUUAUUCGCGGAAGAUGUUGGCCAACACAUGGCAGUCUUACCGGAGGUGGACAUGA